UUAAAAAAAUAUAUUUACAAUGACGCUGACGCUGAUGCUUUUUAUUUCAUCGCACUUUAUUUUAUUGGAUCAAACGUUGUGUUUUUGCAGAAUUUAUUUUUAACUCUUUAGUUCGACAUACAAAAACUCUCAUCAAAAUGGCCGAUUCUGAAAGUGCACCCCGCAAGAUGACACACCAGCGCAAACAGCAGCUGAAGUCUCUCAUGCUAAACAAGGCGCGCGAAGACUUGAAAAGAGAAGCAGAACAAAAAGCCGAAGAAAAAAAGAAUGUAUUGAAUAAGAGAAUUGAACCAAUGGCUGAUCUUGGCAGCAUGUCACAACAGGAACUUAUGGACCUGUGUCGUGAAUUGCAUGCUAAGAUUGACAAAGUUGAUGAAGCAAGAUAUGAGAUUGAAGGUAAAGUGAAAAAGAAUGACACAGAGAUUGAAGAACUAAACCAGAAGAUCUUUGAUCUUAGAGGUAAAUUCAAGCGUCCACCACUGAGACGUGUACGUAUGUCUGCUGACCAAAUGUUGAGGGCUCUUCUUGGAUCAAAACACAAAGUGACCAUGGAUCUCCGAUCAAACUUGAAAAGCUCCAAGAACGAGGGAAAGAAAUAGAUUUUCUAAAACGACGUUAUCAAUCAAACAGAAGCAACUUUUUUCUAUUCAUCAUUUCACCAUGUCGAACUUCACAAUAUUUAACUAAACCUAGAUCUCUGUUAUUUGUUUGAAUUUGUUAGUAAUUUUAGUAAUAAAAUAAUUAUCAAAGCUGUAGUGGUA